UUCUUUUAGUUCCAUUUUAUUAUUUGCCUAUAUUAUUGGCUUAUGGUGGUGUUGAAUGUCAUAUCAAUUCAGUAUGGUGUCCAACGGGAUUAACAGAAGGCAAUAUCACUCAUCGCAAUGGGGUAGAUAAUACAAUGAACAAUAAUAGCCUUCUUCAUCAACUACUCGAGUAUAUUAAUACUUUUGACAAGAAUUAUUCAUUUGUCAAUACCGAAUUAUUAUUAUUUACAAUUAGUUGUGCUAGUAUAUUGGGCCGUUUAUUUGCAGGAUUAUAUAUUGAGAAAGGAUUGAACACAAAUCGAAAAUUAUUACGUCAAUGUCCGCGAUUAGUAGAUCCUAUGCUUUUGAACAAUGUUGCAUUAAUCCUGUGUGGACUAUCAGUCAUUGCCUUCCCAUUAGGUAUUCAUGGUAUUGUACAAACGCCACCUUCAGAACGAUUCCCAUCAGCAUCAGCAGCAUCAUCGCCAUUAUCGCCAUUAUCGCCAUCAUCAUCAUCAUCAUCUCAUCGUGCAUUACAAAUUUGGACUUUAAAAUUUCGACGUCAAUUAUUAUAUUUUGGUGGUAUUCUUUACGGUUUAGCUACUGCUAUGUCUAUUUCCCUCAGAAGUGUCCUACUUGUCGAGUUAUUUGGUCUACGUCGACUGACAAAUGCAUUUGGUUAUCUACUUAUCUUUCAAGGUCUUGGUGUCAUCUGUGGACCGCCAUUAUUCG